GCCGAUGUGACUUGCACCUUCUUGCAACCUUGCCCGUCUGUCUACGAACGUUAAAGGAACCCAUCUUGCCACUCAAUCCCUCACCACAACUGAAGACGGCAAUUCACAUUAUUGAGAUCCCCUCACUGUCAACCGGUUGCACCCCUCGUCCAACCCCCCCACCCUUCCAAGAAACGACCCAGACCCACCAUGGCGACCACCACCAAGCCAACAAUCUUGAUCAUCCAUGGAGGCUGGCACACGCCUGCGAGCUAUGAGAAGCUCAUCAGCGCGCUCGAAGCUUCUGGCUACGAAGUGCACUGCCCGCGUCUCCUGUCCGCCAACGAGGUUCGCCCUCCCAAUGCCGGCCUCGCCGAUGACACGGCGCUCGUACGCAGUUACGCGGAAAGCCUAGUCCGCGCCGGGCACCGUGUCGUAGCCAUCGCCCACUCCUAUGGCGGGCAGGUCGCCUCCAACGCCCUUUACGGGCUAGGCACCGAUGCGCGAGCUGCCAAGGGCCUCAAGGGCGGUGUUUCGCACUUGGUUUAUCUUUGUGGAUACGCCGUACCCGAGGGCAUUGCCAUGAUGGACAAGGUCAAGGAGUUCAACAAUAUGGACCUUGUUCCUCUCGCUUUCGACUUCGCUGAUGAUGGCACCGCCGUCAGCCGCGAUCCAAAGACUCUGAUCAUCGGUCCCGGUCCCAGCGACGCAGAGAUCGAGGCCUACCUUAAGACCUGGGUCCGCUGGCACGGAAACUGUAUGUACCAAGCAAGCGAGCAUGCUGCCUGGAGGGAUAUUCCAGUUGCCUAUAUUAAGACCACCGCGGAUAUGACCGUGCCUGUUCACUACCAACAGCACUUUAUCGAGGAGAUGGAGAAAGCCGGUCGCAAAGUGGAGGUGUUCGAAGUUGCAGCCGGGCAUUGCCCAAACUUCACCGCCACGGAUGAUGUAGUGAACGCUGUCAACAAGUUAGUCGGAGUUUAGAGCGGAUUGUUCAAAUUUAACGUAGCAAUGCUUGCCAGCUACAGAGAUGGCAAAGCGUGAGAGGUGAAGGAACUUGAAAGCCCAGUCAUGUAUACCUGGUCACAUGUCUCAGUGCAAGAUAGAUGCCUCGGUGGAGGGGAUCUUGGACCAGUGUCCACCAUGCUCUCCGUCACAUAUCCAAAAUUUGCUGGUCACGGAUCAAAUGACUGACUAGUUGUCAUGGACGAGUUGUCUUACGUUAAUGAUACGACCUGGGAUAAGACCAAAG